GUAUCUUUGCGAAUUACCUUCCUCUUCCCCGUUUCCCGACCAGUCAAGCAGUUUUCCUUCCAAGUUUCUUUUCUUUUCAAACAAGCCCUAGAAAAGCACAGAAAAUAAUGGCUUGAGUCUUUAAGCUUUACUUAAGUAAUCUUCAAUUUCUUCGUUCAAAGAAUUUUUUUGGAACGAACUUGGUUACAGAAUCGAGCUCGCUUGAAGUUUAUAAGAAUCUUAUAUGGACUGUGCAGGAUUUGUUGAGAUCUGGUUGCUUCUAGUGGAAUAAGGGAGGUUUUUCAUUAGCUGAAUCUAGCAUGUUUUUCAUUAUUGUUUUUCUGGAAUCCGGUUGAUGUGGAUAGUUCAAAUGAAUAGUGAUGGUCCUAUGACUGAUGGGUUGGCAGAACUAAAUCGUGAUGUUCAAGAUGAGCAUGAGGAAACAAGGGAUGGGAUCAUUGGUGAGGGUCAGGAGCUCUCUGAGGAAGAUGAGUCACGGAUUAAUGAGGAAAUAGAAGAUGUGAAUGAUGGGUGCAUGAAAGUAGUGCAGGUCCAGGCUCAUGACCAGCCUUCUAGGCAGCAGCAACAUCCUCAACGGCCUUUGGUUCGCUGGGAGAGGUUUCUGCCGCUUCGGUCGCUAAAGGUUCUGCUGGUGGAAAAUGAUGAUUCAACUCGCCAUGUUGUUAGUGCGUUGCUAAGAAAUUGUGGCUAUGAAGUCACAGCUGUAGCAAACGGUCUUGAAGCUUGGAAGCUUCUAGAAGCUCUAACCAAUCAUAUUGAUCUGGUUUUAACCGAGGUAGUCAUGCCUCGUUUAUCAGGCAUUGGCCUUUUAUGCAAGAUUAUGAACCACAAAACUUGCAAGAAUGUUCCUGUGAUUAUGAUGUCAUCUCAUGAUUCCAUGAAUAUAGUCUUUAAGUGUUUGUCAAAGGGUGCAGUUGACUUUUUAGUGAAGCCUAUUCGAAAGAAUGAGCUUAAAAACCUUUGGCAGCACGUUUGGAGAAAAUGCCACAGCUCUAGUGGUAGUGGGAGUGAAAGCGGUGUAUGGACUCAAAAACCCAUGAAGUCAAAAAGUGCAGAGUCAGACAACAACACUGGCAGCAAUGAUGAGGAUGAUAUUGGAAACACCGGUUUGAACGCGAGAGAUGGAAGUGGCACUCAGAUCUCUUGGACAAAAAGACCCGUAGAAGUUGACAGCCCAAAACCAAUGUCUCCAUGGGACCAGGUGGCUGCCCCGCCUGAUAGCACUUGUGCCAAAGUUCUACACUCAAGGCCUGAAGCAUUUGGCAACAACUGGGUGCCUGCGACCAUGACAGAGUGUGAAGGGCAGGAUGAUGAUCAUGGCAAUGUUGUUAUAGGCAAGGACUUGGACAUUGGAGUACCUAGAAUUCCAAAUUUGCAGAUUGAGCAUUCAAGUGGAAAAGAAGUGGCUUUUGUACCGGGUAAUAACGGAGAGAAACUUCCUCAAAUGAACUCAAAGAACAAUGUUGAGCAAAUAGAUAAAGCACAACUAGAGACUAUCAACAGUGACAAACCCAAGGGGGAUUCGGGAAACCGAGCUACUGAUGGUAUGGGUGUCAUCACUGACAGUAAUGAUCCUCAAACAGGAAGUACGGUGUUUAACAUCCCAAACAGUAGCUCUAAGGUGUCCAAUCAAAAAGAUAAGGUUGUCGAUGAAAAUAAUGUGAUCCCAUCUCUCGAGCUUAGUUUGAAGAGGCUUAGAGAUUUUGGAGAUACCGGGACCAGUGCUCAUGAUCGAAAUGUUCUUAGACAUUCAGACCUCUCAGCAUUCUCAAGGUAUAAUGCUGUUUCAACUGCUAAUCAGGCUCCAACAGGGAAUGCGGGCAGCUGUUCUCCACUUAAUAAUAGUUCAGAGGCAUUAAAAACAGGCUCGACGCAAAAUUUUCAAUCCAACUCAAAUAGUAACCCUCCCAAGCAGCAUUCCAAUGGCACUAGUAACAACAAUGACAUGGGUUCCAUUACCAAUAAUGCAUUCACCAAACCAGCAGCAUCCAAUGAUAAGCCUGCACCCAAAUCCACUAUUAAAGAUCCACAUCCCUCUUCUGCUUUCCAGGCAGUGCAGAAUGGCCAUAUGCUUGUCCCUCAACCUACAAUGCAGGGUAAGGUAGAUGAUGCAUUUUCUAACACCAGUUUCACUCAAGCAAGAGACACGAACCACCAGGUUCAAUUGGAACACCACCAUCAUCAUUACCAUUACCAUCACCACCAUCACCAUGUUCGUAACACACAGCAGCAGCAGCAGCAGCAGCAGCAGCAGCAGCAGCAGCAGCAGCUUACCACCCAUGAUGAUUCAUCAUUGAAGGCUAUGGCAGCCACAGCUACCCAGUGUGGGUCCUCUAACAUGUUGAACAAACCCAUAGGCAGUGUUGGAAAUUACAGUUUGAAUGGGAGUGCAUCAGGAAGUGACCAUGGAAGCAAUGGACUGAAUGGAAGCAGUAUUGCUCUAAAUCCCAGGGGAACAAACAUAGAAAGAGAUAAUGUGGCAGCUGGAAAACUCAGAGCAGGAAGUGGAAUUGGGAGCAUAAUUAAAAUUGAUCAAAACCGUUCUGCACAAAGAGAGGCUGCUUUGGACAAAUUUCGCCAGAAGAGAAAACAGAGAUGCUUUGAUAAGAAGGUUCGAUAUCAUAGUAGAAAGAAGCUGGCAGAAGAAAGACCACGUUUUCGAGGUCAAUUUAUGCGACAAGCAGCAAAAGAAAUUAAAGAUAAGGAUGCACGUAGCUAACCAGACCCUAUCCCAGAUUGUGCUGUGGAAUCAUGUACAUGAGAUUGGUAAUAGCUGUACAUGGGAGUAGCAUUUAGAUUCCAUCUGGGCAAUUUGCGUGUUAAGUGGUAAAAGUUGCAGCAUUCUCUCUAUCAAGACUAUGCAAAAGACAAAUCCUAGAAGAACAUCUUGAACCUAUGAAUAUGGACUAAUGUGGUCCCUAUUGUUGUGUACUAUUACGACCAGAAGGUAACCCUUGAAAGGGUAACCUUAAAUAAUAAAGAAACUCAGACAUGGUGUGUGCUGUGGUUUUAUAAGACUCUUCAUGAACCCGGUUCCAUAAACGAGUGUUUGAAAGACUCUGCUUCUUUAGUCCUUAAUAACAUUGUUUUUCUGAUC